AUCACAGCACUGCAGGUGGCUUUAUUUCCAUAGUGCUGUGUGUUGCUGCAGGAAAGCCACCUCUUUCCCCUUGCUUCUGAGACCUCCUUUUGGACCUAAACAUUGCGACGGGAAUAAGCACCCAUCUGCACGGGGAUGUUGGACUCGGUCACUCACAGCACCUUUCUGCCAAACACAAUGAUCUGCGAGCCCCUGAUGUCUUGGACAGAAUUGUUUGGGACAACUGAGGACUAUUAUCCCAUCUUUGAUCAUCAGACAGUCGGCGAUUCUUGCUGGACAUCUAUUCACCCGGAAUACUGGAGUAAACACAAUGUCUGUGAGUGGCUGCAGUUUUGCUGUGACCAAUACAAGUUAGACGCCAACUGCAUCUCCUUUUCCCACUUUAAUAUUAAUGGCUUACAGCUGUGUAACAUGACCCAGGAGGAGUUCACAGAUGCUGCCGGUGUUUGUGGCGAAUACCUUUAUUUCAUCUUACAGAACAUCAGGAUACAUGGCAUUUCCUUUUUUAAUGACAUUGAAGAAACCAAGCCAACUAUCAAAGAUUACAAUGAUAAGGCAUGCCUGAGAACAGGGGGCACGAAGAGUCAAGAAUGUCACAGCCGUGGUAGAACAAGCCUGCAGAGUUCUCACUUGUGGGAAUUUGUAAGAGACCUUCUCCUGUCUCCAGAAGAAAACUGUGGCAUUCUCGAUUGGGAGGAUAGAGAACAAGGCAUCUUUCGGGUUGUUAAGUCAGAAGCCCUGGCAAAGAUGUGGGGACAAAGAAAGCGAAACGACAGAAUGACAUAUGAAAAACUGAGCAGAGCUCUCCGGUAUUAUUAUAAAACUGGAAUUUUGGAACGCAUAGACAGAAGGCUAGUGUACAAGUUUGGAAAGAACGCCCAUGGGUGGCAGGAGAACAAGCUAUGAACUAACUGUCCCAUUCAUCAGACUCAUUAUGCAAUCUGCAAUAUAGUGUCUGACUGCAGUAGACAUUUGAGAGAAGGAAUUUUUCUCCUGCAUCUCUCCUCUACUCCAGUCUGGAGCUGACAACUGUUUCUGAGAGACUGGCCAGAGCAACACAUGACAGCACAUGAAUGGGGUGGCUCUUCCCCACUAUAUACUUUGUGACCAGCAUUAGCUCAUGCAUAGCUCUUAUGAAAAUAACACUUGUGAUGCAGCUCAAGGUUUUGUUGAGAGGAAUUGUUUUUAUCUGUGGCACCUCUUCCUAUGCCAACAAGGGCUAUCUUUUGUUGUUGCCUAUCAGCUCUCAGUAUGAAAUUCUUGCUUCCUGCUGACAUCUAAAAGAAGUGGGUGAGGAUUUUGUGUGUGUGUGUGUGUGUGUUCGCGUGCAUGAGCAAUAAGGUUGUUAAAUAUUUUACAGAACAUAUGGACUUUUUUUCCUUCCCUUGGUUAGAAAGUCAGUAUUUUGGUUCAUUUAGAGACAAUAUCAUUGUGGUCAGCCUGUGUUCCAAGGGUCCAAUUCUCAGGUCUGCUACACUCCUUGGUGGUGGAAGAUCUGGCCAGAUGAGAGUCCCCCCCAUAUAUCCACAGAAUUAAUCUGUCCAAUCAAGCCAGUCAUCCAUAAGAAAAACAGGGUUUUAAGCACUAAUCUGAUUUCCUCACUUAGCUACUAAUUUGACUUCUGCGAAUGUAUUUUGCAGAUUUUACUGUACAUACUAUGAAUGGUUCAUUGCAAGUUUUGAAUAACUAUUAUUUGUGUUAUGUUAAUUAGUUGUGAUUGAUCACAUGGUAUUAAUUCUGUUCCUUGAUCGGGUUGGCAUAACUCUUACUGCAAGCACUUUUGGUGCAACUAUUUAUCUAUGAACUAAAAAUUGACUUUCCACAAACACUUACAUGGGAAUUUGAACUUUUCUUUCUAUGAACCUCCAUGAAAGUGAAACUCCAGUGCUUGGGGAAAGUAAGCCUGAAAGGGAGCAAGCAUCAUUAGAACAGUUGCAAAUGAGUAUUUGUUGAAAACUAUAUAAAAAAUUCACCCAAAUCUCUACAGAGAAUGGCUGAGAACUUCAAAGCAGUCUACAGCAUAGAGCCACACAUCUUUUAUUAAAGUUAAUGUGUAGCUAAAUGCCCUUGACUGCUCAGAUUUCAACCAAUGUGUACAUUUGUUAGAGUAGAAGGUAGUAUCUGAACAAUUCAAUGAUAUUUUUGAAAGCUUCAUAGAUGUACUAUAGUUUAACAAAAAUAUUGCCCUUUCCACCUCAAGGGCUCAGGAAUCCCCUUUUAGUACUACCUCAGGUGGCAUUUUGAGGGUAUAAAUGAGGUUCUGGUCUUGUUUUCAAAUGAGUCGCUCUUCUGCGUGUUUCUCUGUGGAACCUGAAUGUAGUGCUGUGUGUUAUCAUUACUUUCCCCUUCACACAUGAGUCUGUUUCUUUUUUACUGGUAACAAUUGUUCCUUUUGUUCAUAAAGACUUGGGUGGUGGUCCUAUUAGUCAGGAUUAGCCAACUAAGUAAGCACCAAGCUAAAUGCUGCAAUGCUGUUUAGGUUGGUGCUGUGCUCAGGAUCCUGGGAAGUCAAUGGGGAGCAGUAUGGAUUCAGUUGACUGUAGUAGGCAUUGGAGAUGCGCUUCUUGGGCUUGACCCCUGCUACAGGAUGCAAGAUCAAGCCCUAAGGGUCACAAGAGAAAUUCCUCUCACUUUGUUUCCCAGCUUCCUUCAGAAAUUGUAUAUCUUUGUGAAUGGAUUCCUGUUGUUGCAGUUAUUCAAAGUAGCUUUUAUUUUUAUUUGGUUAAUGGCUAUGUACGUUUUGAGUAGGCGGGAUAAGCCCUUCAGAGAGACAGAUAGGGUAUGUAUCAAAGUGGUAUCAGAAAGUUUGAGUGCUGCCAGUUACUGCUGCUGCCCAUCACUUAGCAAGUGAGAGCACUUUGCAGAAAUAGAACAUCAUCAUGGUGUAUUCAUGGCCAUGACAAGGGCAUUAAACCUAGAUUCUAAAAAACCCUCAUUUUAGGACCAAAAAACCAAUAUGCAGCUGAAGGUUGAACAUCUUUAAAUGCAAUCUAAAUUUUACAAAUAUUUAACACAAUGAAAAUAUUAUGAUCAGGCUUCCUGGCCAAUGCUAACACAAGCAGAGUUUUCUACCUCUUCACAAGUGGCAGAAACAGCUCAGGCAUUUUCUAGUCGGGCACUGUUAAGUCAUCCCUGGCAGAAUCUAUUCAGAAGUACUGUAUAAUCCUCAUUUCCAUUAGACUAGCACCAGCGAAGAAAAAUCAGCGAGAUCAGAAGCACUGAAGUGCAGUAUGGAGUAAGAAGCACAGAUGUGAAAUUUUACUGUAAAUGUGUUUUUAAAAUGUGAAUUACUGUAAAAUAUCUAUU